AUGGACGAGCUGGGAAUUGGUGGUUUGGAUCAGAUCUCAGAAUUGCCCGACCACCUUCUCCAUCAUAUCCUGUCUUUCAUGCCCACAAAAGAUGUCGUGCAAACCAAGUUGUUGUCACGAACAUGGCGCCGCGUAUGUUCUUCCUACCCUAAUUUCGAAUUCAACCUACAUAAUUAUUCUCAACGAUUAGAACAAAGAGGGAGAUGGAUAGAAAUUUCUUUAGAAAAGCAGGUUCAAGAACUAGAUAUUCGGAUUUAUAAGUAUGAUUUGCCUCCAGCAAUUUUUGCUUCCAAAUCACUCCACACCUUGUGUCUGAUGGGAAUCACGAUGCCGCCUAUAUUUACAACUAAUACAAGGUUUUUUUCUUUGCGAAAGCUUUCCAUUUGCGGUGUAAGUUUGAAAGAACAGAUCUUACAAGAUCUAAUUUUUAAAUUUCCUUUUAUUGAGAAUCUCGCCCUCCUAGGCGGCAUCAACCCGAUACUGGUAAAGAAAAUUAGGGUUUCUGGUCUUUGUAAUUUGAAGGAGCUUACAAUUUUUGGAUGGCGAGUACUGGAGGAAGUUGAUAUCGACGCACCAAGUCUUAAAUUUUUUCACUACGGCGGUUAUAUUUUGCAGCAGAAUAAUAUUAAGAUCAAAAUGGGUGCUACAAACAAUGUAGAAACUUUAUCAAUAACAUAUGAUACCACCAUGACAGAACAACAGUUCUAUGACUUGAUAUCGAAGUUUCCCCUUCUCAAGUGCUUGCAUGUUUGCAUGUGGAACGAUGUCUAA